AUGAGCAAGGUCCUGGGGAGUAUUAUCAGUAGAAAUCAAGCUGCCUUUGUGCCAGGACAGAAAAUUCAUGACCACAUUCUGUUAGCAUAUGAACUCAUUAGAGGAUACUCGAGGAAAGGUGGCAUGCCAAGAGUAAUGGUUCAAAUGGAUAUUAGGAAGGCUUAUGAUUCAGUUGACUGGAAGGCUAUGCAAUGUAUUUUGGCUGAAGUGGGGUUUCCUAGGAAAUUCAUAAGCUGGAUUAUGUUGGGUGUAACCACUGUAUCUUACCAAUUCAACAUCAAUGGCAGUAUCUCUAAGCACAUGAAAGCUGCAAGGGGUCUAAGGCAAGGUGACCCUAUGUCACCCUUGCUGUCUGUGGUGAUAAUGGAGUAUUUGCAUAGGAAACUGGACUGUCUAAGCACUGAACCUGAAUUCAAAUUCCACAUAAACUGUGAGAAGCUGAAUCUUGUGGAUCUGAGUUUUGCAGAUGACCUGCUACUCUUCUCCAAAGGAGACAGUGGUUCUGUUAGUAUGAUGAUGAAAAAGUUUGAGGAGUUUUCCAUGUCCACUGGGAUGCAAGUCAAUCCAAACAAAUGUCAAAUCUACUGUGGUGGCAUGGAAGAGAGUGGUAUCACCAGGAUUGAAGGGAUUACAGGGUUCAAGAGAGGUUCCUUACCCUUCAAGUAUCUAGGUAUUCCACUUACUAGCAGGAAGUUAUCUAAUAAUCAAUGUAUGGCUUUGGCUGAUAGAAUUGGUGGCAAGAUGACACAUUGGAGCUCCCAUUUACUUAGCUAUGCUGGCCGUGUGCAGAUGGUCAACACUGUUCUGUUUGGAUGCGUGAACUAUUGGAUGUGCUGUCUACCUUUGCCUAAAGGGGUCAUUAGAAGAAUUGAAGCAAUGUGCAGGUCCUUUGUGUGGUCGGGGACUGAUAAGGUGACUAGGAAAGCUCCGGUGGCUUGGGACAAAGUGUGUACACCUAAAAAAUAUGGGGGCUUGGGCAUUAAAAAUCUGCAGGUGUGGAAUAAAGAUGAUGUUAUGCAGGUGGAGAUUAAGGAGAAUGGCUCAUGGAUAAUUAAGAGUAUUCUGAACAUGAGAGAAGAGGUCACAGGUAUGCAACAAUGGAUACACUUGAAUCAUGGGGCCAAGUUCCAAACUAAGGGCAUGUAUAUGGAACAUAUGAAGCGUAAUACUCUGGUGGAAUGGCGUGACUUGGUUUGCAAGAAUAAAGCGAGUCCUAGAGAAGUUUUCGUCUUUUGGUUGGCGUGUCAAGAUAGGCUUGCGACUAAAGACCGUUUAGCAAAGUUUGGCAUUAAUGUGGAUCAGCAGUGUAUGUUCUGUGACUGUAUAGAAACUGUGAAUCACCUUUUCUUCGAAUUCAGGUAUUCAAAAAAGGUGUGGGGAGAGAUCCUUGGAUGGCUGUGCAUUCAGCAUAACAUUCAAGACUGGAACCAUGAAAGGCACUGGCUCAUAAAAAUCAGCAAGAGUAAAAACUGGAGGAAGCACUUUGUGAAGGCUGUUGUGGCUGAAACAGUUUACGCUGUUUGGUUAGAUAGGAAUGCUAGAGUGUUUAGAAAUGAGAUCGAUGAUAAACACAUUGUGAAUAGAAUUAUAGAAAGAAUUACAAAUAGAAUUUGGAAUUACCCUAAGUAUAGAGAAAGUUGUCAGACCAAUGAUAUGGAUUCUUCAAGGGGAGUCCUCUCAAUAACUAUGGAAAAAUUCAAAAUGUGCACAAGUGGUUCAAACCAAUCAAAUUGGAAGAAGUUGGAUGCACGUGAAAUCCAACCAAGCUUUAGACCAGAAGUAGCUGGGAAGUACCGUGUUGCAAACUUUGAGAAGCGUUGGACUGAUAUGCCUGUUGUUGAUUCACUGGCUGCAAGCCCAAAUGGUGGAAAUCCCUUCAAGGACUUCUCUUAUGUCAGGCAUGCAGUCUCUUUUCUUCAACAGAAUAGCCCUGCUUGCUAA